UGUCCUAUCUUUUGAGGAUGUAGCCAUGUUUUUCUCUGGUGAGGAGUGGUCUCUGUUGGAUGUUGACCAAAAAGCCCUGUACAGAGAGGUCAUGCUGGAAAAUGCUAGGAAUCUGGCCUCCUUGGAUAAUGGACAGGAGAAUGAGCAUUAUAAACAGCAAGCUGUGGAAAUUUUCCAAGUAAUCAAAACUGAAACUGGAGAAGAUAUGUUUGGAAAAAUCCAGUGGGAACCCAGAAGGCCUGAGGAAAAGCAAUUAAAAAAUACGGUGGAAAAAUCUGCUACUUCUCAGUGUGCAGAAAUCCACGCCUUCUUGAUCCAACAAGAUGAUAAAGAAAAAAGAAAGUGUCUCGGAUGUAGAAAAAUAUUGAGAGAUAAAUCGGAAUUAUGCAAAUACUGCAAAAUACAUGCUAAAGAAAAACAGUAUGCACUCCAGGAACAUGAACAAAAUUUCAUUUGGACUCUGCCUCUUAAAUUACAUCAAAGCAUCCACACUGGAGAAAAAGCAUAUCAGUGUAUGGAAUGUGGGAAAAGCUUCCACAAGAGUAGUAAUCUUAAUGCCCAUAAAAGAAUCCACACAGGGGAGAAGCCAUACACGUGCACAGAGUGUGGAAAGAGCUUUAGUACAAGCAGUGUUCUUACUUCUCAUAAAAGAAUCCACACAGGGGAGAAGCCAUAUAAAUGCAUGGACUGUGGAAAGAGCUUCACUAUAAGCAGUCACCUUACUUCCCAUAGAAGGAUUCACAGUGGGGAGAAACCAUAUACUUGCAUGGAGUGCGGAAAGAGCUUCAGUAUGAGUAGUCACCUUACUUCCCAUAAAAAAAUCCACAGUGGAGAGAAACCAUACAAAUGUCUGGAAUGUGGAAAGAGUUUCCACAAGAACAGCAACCUUACUUCCCAUAAAAAGAUCCACACAGGGGAGAAACCAUAUAAAUGCAUGGAGUGUGGGAAGAGCUUUCGCAAGAACAGCAACCUUACUUCCCAUAUAAGGAUACAUACAGGGGAGAAACCAUAUAAAUGCUUGGAGUGUGGAAAAAGCUUCAGGUGGAGCAGUGUCCUUACUUCUCAUAAAAGUAUCCAUACAGGAGAUAAACCAUAUAAAUGCCUGGAGUGUGGAAAAAGCUUCAGUGAGCGCAGUUCGCUUACAUGCCAUAAAAGGAUCCAGACUGGGGAGAAACCCUAUAAAUGUAUAGAAUGUGGAAAGAGCUUCCGUAAAAGUGAUAACCUUACCUGCCAUAUAAGAAAACACACAGGGGAGAAACCAUAUAAAUGUAUAGAAUGUGGAAAGAGCUUCAGUGACCGCAGUGCUUUUAGAUCCCAUAAAAGGAUCCACACUGGAGAGAAGCCAUAUAAAUGCAUGGUAUGUGGAAAGAACUUUAGUAUGAGCAGUCACCUGACCUCUCAUAAAAGGAUUCACACAGGAGAGAAACCAUAUAAAUGUACUGAGUGUGGAAAGAGUUUCACUCAGAGUAAUCACCUUACUUCCCAUAAAAGGAUCCACACAGGAGAGAAACCCUAUAAAUGCAUGGAGUGUGGGAAAUGUUUCAGUGAUCGUAGUUCACUUGCUUUCCAUAAAAGAAUCCAUAUAAAUGAGAAACAGUAUUAAUUGACUGAAUGAGGGCAGGGCCUCAGCAAAAUCUCCACCUCUCUUUCACAUCAAAGGACUCAUAGAAUGAAACUUAAAAUUAAUGUGAAGAAAACUUUGAUACCAAUACACUGAUGAAGGAACUCUACAGAGGCCUAUCGCUAUAAAUGCAUAAAAUAAGGACAAAUAUUGAGAUAUAUUUUUGGUUUGUAAUAUCUUUUCACCUGUGAAAAAAAAUUUUUGUCUAGAAUAAUCCUGUGUGAAAAAUAGCUUGCA